AUGGCUCCCAGGAAGCCCACCAGUCCCGCAAAACCACGACGCGUCACACGCGCUCGAGCUGCAGAUACCAGCCCGAAAGCUCUCGAGGAAGCGCCGAAGCGGAAAACAGCCACCACCUCCAAAGACGUCCCGACGACGACUAAGACGAAGGCCAUCGAGGCGAAGUCUCGGGUCUCGAAGAAAGUAGACACGAAGACGCCGAAGAACACGCGGUCGACAUCGGUCGUGCAAGUCAGUGAGACAGAUGAUGAAGACGACAUGAUUGUUGUUGCUCAACCACAGCCGAAACCAACUCGAGCAUCGCGAUCGACUCGCACGACGACAACCGCAUCCGCGGCACCCACACUUGCAGCUGCACCUAGACGGCGAAUAAAGGUCACGCCAUUGGAUGCACCUGUUCCAGAACCCGAACCGCAACCUGUCAAGAAGACAACAGCGAAGGAAAAGAAACAAAAGUCGACUGAAACGACAACCAAGUCCUCUACGACGCGGGCAAAGAGAAGUAUAGCGGCAGCGAAACUAGACGAGAAACCCGAAGAGCCUGAGGCCGAGCACGAGCCUAAGAGACGCGGAAGGGGGCCCAAGGUAGCAACGAAGGCAGAGCCCGAGGAAAUCGCUCCCGGGGCCACAACAACCGCGCGCAAGACUAGGGGUCGAGCAAAGAAAGAAGACACGCCAAUUGAACCUGACAAGCCCGUGUCGGCGGCUCCAGUGACCACAAGACAGACACGCGCGAGGUCCGGGUCAACAGCAUCGGCUACCGCUGCGGGAUCUACGAUCAACGUUGUCAUUCAAGCACCAGCGCGCAAGAAGGUCACAUUCCAAAACCUGCCUGAAGAUGACGAGGAUGAAGAGAAAGAAAACAAACGACCCGUCACAUCCUCCAGAGUGAAAGGUAUAAAGAAAGCCCCUGCUUCUUCUGCUCCCGCGGCCAAGGAAUCAGAAACAACUUCAACGGGAAUGCGGGCAAAGCCUAUCCGCAAGCCUACGGUGGCCACCAAGUCGACUCGUGGCGCUACGAGAGCAACAAAAGCUUCCAAACCUGCCGAGACAGAAAAGGUGAUGCCGCGAGUGCUCACUCCCAAGAAGAUCACGCAAGUUGCCAAAGCGCCGCCGGUCGAUGCUGACGAGGAAGAUGAGCUUGCAGGUGGCAAGACUCCUGUGCGUGACCUUAGUCUUUCCCCGAGAAGAGGGCAUAUGUCUCCAGUCAGACCAAUGUCGCCUGUGAAGACACUAGAUUUUACACCUGCGCUCCAGUCACCGGAAAAACAAAGAUCAAAUACGUCUCCUGGGAUCAUGAGUCCACCUCGACGAAUGCCGUCUUCACCGUUCAAAGAUAUCUUGAAAGAGUCUCCACGCCGUGCACCAGAAGGCGUGACCAUUUUCCGUGCCCAUAUUCAAGAUCCGAGUAACAACAACAACGGAUCCAUGACUUUGAACCCAACCAACCAGCCGCAAUUGCUGCAGUCUCCAAAGCGCGGGUUGGCAGAGAACAUUGUCUUUCCUCCAUCGGCUGUGAAGACGCAGCAUUCUCCAUUGAAAUCGGCGCUGAUGUCUUCGCCAGCCAAACGUUUGUUCUCACCGUCAAAGCAGAAGACGCCGGCUCGAUUUUCACCUUCACCUGUCAAGAAGCAAUCUACCCCUGUAGAACAAGCAAAGUCUCCCGGAGAUGUCGACAUCGUCAUGUCGUCUCACUUUAGGCCUUCCAUGUCUCCUCAACGAGGCGCUCGGGUGUACAAGAUGAGUGAAGAAGAGAUCGCCCAAGAGCUGGUGGCGGAGAUGGACUUUGAUCAGUCUGUCUUAAACGUGCGAAGCCCACUGAAAGUAGACAAAGCCAAACCUGUCAUCGAGACUCCAGAUGGAGCACUCGAGGCCCAUGAACCCGCUGAAGACGAUGAGGACGGACACGAGGACCACGAUGGAUGCGUUGAACCAGCAUUGGUCGAUCCUGCUGAUGACCUAGAGCAGGACCAGGUCUCUGAAGCCGACAACGAUGAGACAGUCCUCGAUCCGGCCUUGGUGGAGCAAGGUGCCUUCGACGAGGAUAUGGAAGAUGGCAACAGCCAAGAUGAUGCAAUGACAGAGCUUUCCGAGGAUGAAAAUAGUCCCCAGCCUGUCCAACAAGCUUCCAGCAAGACGCCGCGUUUGUUAAAUGCUCUUUUCCACCGUCUUCGGGAGAUUGACGACGAAUCCGAGGACGAACUCUCUGCAGAUCAAACACCAGUAGGACGAAGGCAUCCUAAUGUAAGUGCUGCAAACGUUCAAUCACGGCUCUCCACUGGCAUUGCACCACCCAGCGCUUCCAGAGGCCUCGGCUUCACUCCACUUGUAGCCCAGGUUCGUGACUGGCGUGCGGCAAGCCCAGAUAAGAGAAUGAGCUCGACGAGCAAGACGCCUAUUUCGGAUGUUGUAUUUUCGCCCCUUGCGCAACUGCAUGUCGCUGGAUCUGUGGAGGUGAAUAGACAAGAUACUCCUGCGAAGCAGGCCCAGAAGAGAAAGUCGAUCGCUGCUCGACUAUCAUUCGCGCCUUCCUCAACUGGAAGCCCAGCACGGCCCGACUUCUUCGGUGAGGGAAUGGCUGCUCAAGAGUUUGAGGAACAAGCUGAGGAGCUCGCAAGAGAUCCUGCCCAGGAAGAAGAUCUUCAUCAGGUCAUGCAGCAGCAGGACGACAACGGAGAGGAUAAAGAUAUCGAUGUGUUGGUUGACGAAGAGGAUUACAAUUCUGAAGCGCCUAGCCAUGAACCAGGCGAGCUGACAACGGAUCUUAUCAAAUUUACCAAUGCCUCGGACACUGCCAUGGUCGAUUUCCAGGCUCUAGCAAACGAAGCCGAGGUAAUGGCUGAUGGUAAACAUACCGAGGGAGAGGUCGAUGACGACGAACUUCAACCUACAGAGCCAGGUCAUAGGCUUUCGACAGUCGAGGAAGAAGACAAUUCUGUCUUGUCAUAUUCUUCAGAGAACUACGGAGACGAAAACUCAAAUCCUCCUGCUCCUGUCGGGUCGGAAGUCACUGAGCAUGUUCCAAAAAUUGAUUCUCACGAAUCUGCAGAUGAGGAUGAAGCCGCAGAUGAAGAAAUCAUCAGCGGCACGGUCCUUGGUGAUGCAUCCACGAGCGUUGCAGUCUCUCCCUCAGCAGUUGGAACCACUCCUAUGGCCAUUGAAAAGAGCAUAGAAAUGGACUUUAGCGUGACUCCGGUCCGACCAGAUCCAAAUGUCGCACGAGUUGUCCAUACGGUCGCCAAAGUCCCUCUGCGUCCAGAGGGCGAGAUUCCUGCAACUUCGUCUCCCGUCAAAAUGCAGCGCAAGAGACCUAGAUCACUAUCAACGUCAAACUCUUUGUCGGUCAAGAGAAGAAGCUUUGCUUUCGGUGGCCCAAACGACACGGCCAUCAUCAGUGCUAUGCGUGCUCCCGAUGGAAACGGAGAUGGAAACUUGAGCUCAUCGCCACAACGUCGCAUUCGCAGUGCCGCACCAAGCCCUGCACACUCUCUUUCCACUGCCUUUUCGACCCCUGGUCAGCAUAGUUUUGCAGUUGACGAUUUCGGCGACAGCACGCUUGAUGGCAUUGAAUUACCAGAUGAGGAGAUGUCUUCGGAUGUCGAAGUUGAGGACCAUCGAGAAGAAACCGAACCUGCACGGCCCGCCGCCAACGACGAUACAAUGAUGACUAUCGGCUCGUAUAUGUUCAAGACGCCUGUUCCCUCGGCGAAGAUGCCUAAAACUAGCAUGCUUCCUCCUCCGUCUACGGCAAAAUCAGUUGCAGCAAACACUGCAACACCAAGCUACGCCCGGUCAACCAAUUCUAGCAGACGGAAGAGCAUCGGCACGCCGUCUCAUGCCGCAGCCAGUGCGAUUGUGACUCCUGUCGUCCAAGCUGCGACUCCCGCUACAGUGUCGAAAGCCAGAACCAAGACGCCGUCAACGUCUCUGAAAGGCAAGACUCCUGCGCGAACGCCACUCAAAGCUAUUAGCGACGGCCCCCUCAACGGGGUAGUUGUGCACUGCGACAUUCACACGAGCGAAGGGAGUGAUGCGUCAGCAAUCUACGUUGAUCUUCUCACAGCCAUGGGUGCACGCUGCGUCAAGGAAUGGCGAUGGAACCCACGAGCAUCCCAGGAUGAGGCCGCAGAGACUCCUGGGCACCAUGGACAGGUAAUUGGCAUCACGCACGUCGUAUACAAGGACGGCGGUAAGCGGACUCUUGAGAAGGUACGAAGUGCAGGAGGCCAAGUUCUUUGUGUCGGCGUUGCAUGGGUCCUCGAGUGUCACCGCCAGCAAUCAUGGGUUGAUGAGGCCUUGUUCUCGGUGGACACUGGUGUCAUGCCACGUGGGGGGUCAAGAAGGAGAAAGAGUAUGGAACCUCAUAUGUUGAAGAACGAAGGCGGUCAUUUGACUUCAAAGAAGAGAAAGAGUUUACCGGCGAAACAUUUCAAGUACCAGGAUACGAAACCGUCUGCUCGUGGGAGUUUGGUCGAGCAACGGUCCGAGAUGCGAAAUGGCGACGCUGAUGCCGAUAUUCAACAGGAUCAUUCUGUGGAGGAGUCCAACAUCGACAUCGAUACCGACACCAGCAUGACGCACGCUGAUAGCGAGGACCAGGAUGAUUCCAUGGCCGCCGGCCACGACGAGUCCUUCGGCUGUGAGAACGACGAAAGUGGAGUCGAGAACUCAGCAGACUCGGGGAGCGAAAUCAGUUCGACUUACAACUCUCCAGCUGCGGCGACAGUGGGCGAGACUAUGCACUUUUAUGAAGUGUCCAAUACUACUUUGACGGCACCUGCACAGUACGAGUCGUCGGAGUUGCUCUCCUCAUCACCUUUUUCGAGAGAGGAAGGGUCCAAGACUGGUCCGCGGUCCGAAGUGAAAAUGGCAGACACACGCAAGACGACGCCACAGUCCGAUGAAAAGGUCAAUUUGGAGGUUGACUACGAUCCAAGGACCGCUGCUACACCGUUGACUCCUUACAUGCGGGCCAAGGGUGGCAAUCUUGGUGGUCAUCGUGGUGUUGGAAUGGACAAGGCAUCUGCAAUCAUGAUGAGCGCGCCUCCUAAACAGACUGGUCGGUCAUUGUUUGAUGAUGGAGAAGAAGGAGAAGAAGAGAAUGAGAACUCAGAGAUUGCUCAACAGCAGAAGAAGAAGAACAACAAGGGAGAAAACAAGUUUCAAUUGAAGAUGCGUGGUGGUGGUGUGACUGACAAAGGGCGGAGGAGAACUCUAGGUGUCAACGUCGGCUUUAGACCUGUCGUUGGAAGUCCUUUGAGAAAGGAGGAAUGA